AUGAAAUUUCAAUCGAUAAUUCAUUAUCUCCUAUUGAUCGUUGUCGUUAGGAAUGGAGAUGCUCAGCAACAAAUGACUGGAAGAUUGUCAAAGGAGGAGAAUGCGGAGAGGUUGAGGACUUGUGGAGCCACGAUUAUUGACCGUCCAUCAAUUGAUAGCACUGCCAAAGAACUACGAGGAGACAACUGGCAAACAUGGCUUUCGUUUGUAAGGUUUGAAAACGCAAAGCAUCAAUCCGCCAAAGGAGCUGCGCUGGCCACAAUGAUAUCUUCACGACACUUUUUAACGUCGUCUCAAGUGGUUAUGAAUGACGAUAGGACGUGGCGAUGGAACAGUGAAAAAGUUGUGGGCUGUGAGAGCGGUCAAAACCAUCUCAAAGUUCCCCCUGAAAUCCUCGACAGCGCUCAAUUACUUUUCCGUGAUCGACAUUCAAUGGUGAAUCAAUUCCACUAUAAGUCCGUUAAGCAUGCAGUGAUUCUCAAUUACUGUAAUCAAAGGACGACGUAUUUUGAUAAAACACAGGCAGUUAUGGUGGCGGAGACAGAUGACACUCCGAAUAGAGGAUUCCCGUGUUUGGUAGAUGCUACUACGGCGAUGUAUGUCAACCAUCCGGACGUGGUGGAUGUUUAUACUCUAAGUGUAACAAAGGAGGGCGUAACCAUUGUGACACAUAGAAAAUUGAAUAUAAUUGGAAAUGGUAUCGACCUGUUCUUCUUCCCUGUCUUUCAUGAGGUCGAUACUCGUGGUGGCCCGAUUAUGAAACAGAUCCAGGAUAAAUGGACGCUGAUUGCUCUUGGCACCGUGGGUAAUGAAAAAUAUUCGUUGGCUUUCAACAUCAGUACACUAGAGAAGGAUUUGUGUGAUGAGGUGGGGGUUUGUGGAUCAGUGCCGACUCGAGUAGCUCCGCCUCCUGUGGCUCCUGCAGCUCCGCCCACAACCCAACCACCUCCUCCAGCUGAGAUAUUUAUACCGACGCACAAUCCACCACCACCGCCUGAUGUCCAGCCGCCAUCACCUCCGCCUCAGACCCCGGAGCCCGUACCGACACGUGCCACCGCUGGGACGUCUUCGAACCAUCCAGAAGCCACGCCUCCUCCCCCGACAUCUCCUCCAAAGCCAUCUCCAGAAGCCCCGUCCCCUCGUGCUGCUCCGCCAGCUAAAAGACGGGAAGACGAGGAGGCGGAUGAAGACUAUGAGAUGUUUUUAAAGAAUAAGAAGGAGAAGGAAGAGGCGGAGAUGUAUGAGAAUGAGGAUACGGAUAUAUUGAUUAGUAAGGAUGAUUUCAAUGAUUGUGAUGGUCGACGAGGAGGACUACAGAGUAUACUUUUGUGUCUUUUUGUGUUUUAUUGGUUUUUGUGUGAAUAA